CGGCGAAGAAGUUGCGAUACAGGAGUAAACAGAUCGCUCAGGGUCUGCGCAGCAGCAGGCGCCAGCAGAGAUGGCAGUAAGUCGAACCAUAGCACAGGCAGCCAUAUACCAGCACAUGUAGGCAUAUAAGAGCAGGCCUGUGCGAUCAGGAAGAAGCACCAACUCGGCCUUAGCAGAUGCACCAUAUCGUACCGUAACUGACGUCAAUCGGUAACAGUAUAACUAUAACUCCGGCUACGGCCAGCAGCAGUCGAAUCCCUACGACAACCCACCAUCAUACGGCGGGCAGGGAUACGGCAGGGAAGGCAGUAUGGAGAUGCAACCUCUUACCGGCGCGCCUGGCGCUCCCUACUCGCAGUCUAGCACGCCCGUACCUCAGCGCGAUCCAAAUGCUCUACUCAACGAAUGCCGCGAGGUCAGCCGAAAUCUGGACAUUGUGGAGACGCGGCUGCCUGAGCUGCAAAGGCUACAGAAGAACUUCACGUCAGGUGGUGGAGCGUCAGCGCAACAGGUCGACGGACUGAGCGCGGACAUCAUGACCCAAUACCGCGGUCUCGCCGAUCGCGUUCGCAGGAUCAAGGGCCAACCUGAUGCCGGCAACCCGCGCAACAGGCCGCAGAUCGACGUGCUGGAUAGGAGGAUGAAGAGAUCAAUCAACCAAUUCCAGCAAGCCGAGUCGCAGUUCCGCAAGGAAGUGCAGGAGCAACAGCGCCGCCAAUACAUGAUCGUCAACCCGAGCGCGACCGAACAGGAACUAGACGAAGUCACGGCAGCCGGCACAGACGUGCAGAUCUUCCAGCAAGCUUUGAUGAACGCCGACCGACGCGGUCAGGCUCAGAGCACGCUUCGGAAUGUGCAACAACGGCACGAGGCUAUCCAGCAAAUCGAGCGCACACUUAUGGAACUGCAGCAAUUGUUCCAAGACCUCGACACGAUGAUCGUGGAGCAAGAGCCGAUGGUGCAAAACAUCGAGACCAAGGCCGAGGAGACUAACACGCACCUUGAGGCCGGCAACGUCCACGUUGCGAAAGCGGUGGUCAGCGCUCGCGCGGCGAGGAAGAAGAAGUGGAUUUGCUUGGGCAUCGUUGUCGCUAUAAUCAUCAUCGUCAUCGCGAUCAUCUUCGCAUACGGAGCGACGGCGGGUCAUUGGUUCGGUUAAUAAAAGCCUGGCGGUCUCGAGGCUCUGGCGCUACCGAACGCGGUCAAAGUUUCUUGACUGCUUUGAU